AUUUUAUUAUGGAUUAAUCACAACUAUUGAACAUAUGGAGAGGAAUCAAGGAGGCUCUACAAAAGAAAUACAAUGACAGUAAUACAGCAUACUAUGAUUUGGAUGUGAAUAACUCUGGAGAAAUUGAAAUUGAUGAUCUGGAAUCAGAAUUAAAGAGAAAUCACAACAUCCAAUCUGAUGAGUAUUAGUUAUUGAUAUCUCAAUAAUAGAACCAUUAAAUAGAUAUUUGAAUAUUUGAACACCUCAAAGUCUGGAGCCAUAGAUUUAGAAGAAUUUGAAGCUCAUUGGACACAAGUUGAUUAAAAUAUAAAGCAAGCAACAAAUUAAUAAUAGUCUUAACAAAAACUUAGAUAAGAAACUGAACAAUAACUCUUAACAUCAUCUGGAUAGAAAUCAACACAAUAGUUCUCUGAUCUAUUUAAAAGUUAUGCCUCUGGAAAUUCACCUACUAAAUACAUCAAUAUUUAAGGUGAUUUCUAAAUUAAUCACUUUACUCAAACUAUUACUCCUAAAUAUGAGCAAUAACGACCUCUUAAUUUUUUGGAUAAUUUCAAUUAUAAUAAGAAAAUAUCACCACCCAAACAUUCCUAUUUAUUGAAAGAUAAAAAUGAAAUUUCUUAAGAUAGACUUAGGGAAAUGUAAUAAAGAAUUACUAAUAUAUUUAAUGGAAUUCCAGAACGCAAAAAUUCAUCUCCAAAAUUGAGAAUGGAUUUUGAUACUUACCUUAACAAAUAAUUGGGAAAACCAAAUACAACCAGAAGGCAGACUUCAUAUCCUUAAUUUUCAUAUGAUUUUCAAAAUCUCUAUCCAUAAAGAAGAAGUUAGAAAAAUUAUGAAUAAAGAUUUUCCUUUAAUACAAGAACUGACCCAUCUCCUAAUAGAUCAUAAGAUAGAAUUUCAUUAUAACAAUAUGCAUAUUAAUUUUUUGAUAGAACUUACGAACUCAAAAAAACCUCGCCUUUUAUUGGGUUGUAGAAGAAAUAGUAGGUUUAACCUAAAACAACGUUUAUGUUCCGAUUAUGAC